AUGACAAAAAAGAAAAAUUCGUUGAAGCGAAAACUUGUUGAAGAGUCGAUUGAUGUAGAUGCUUUGCGAUUCUUGAAAUAUCGUGUUAGUGAAAAGUACAGUACUGAAAGAAAUUUAUUUUUGAAACGUGAUGCUUCGAAAGAAAAUGGUCUUAUUGUUACAAAUGUUCCUGCUUUUCUUGGCGAGGUUUGUAAAGUUUACAUAAUGUAAAAAUAUGAGUUAGAUCUUUUAAUAGGAUGUUGUGUUGGCAUUUAUCAACAAAAUCAGUCCAAACACUGAAAUUGAAGAUUCAUUUGUUCAACGAAGCAAUGCUGCUGAUAAUUCUUUGACAAAUGGUCAAAUCACAGUAUCGAUCACAUUUGUGAAACCUGAAUCAGUCAACGAAAUACUCUGUAAAUGUCAAAAUGUUGGUCCAUAUACCGCAUCAGAUUUCGCAGAACUCGAUUUUCCAACCGUUUUGAAAGAAACUACCUCUCUUUAUUGUCGACUUUUUCCAUCAGAAGAACAAAUCCAAGAAAUGGCUGAAACUUAUAUUGAAAGAUAUGAUCAAGAUUUGGCUGAUGCGAGAAGAGAAGCGAAAAAGAAAUAUUCAGAACCAGAUGAGGAUGGUUGGAUUACUGUUACACGAAAUAAGAAAGCAGCAAAAGCAGUCAAACUGAAAAAAGAUGAAAUUCCAUUGAUUGGUGGAUUGGGUAAUCCGAAAAAACGAAAGGUCGAUUUAGCAUUCUAUACAUUCCAAGCCAAAAAGGAUAAACAACAAAGUGAGUUUAAAGGUUAAUACCAGACAAAAUUUAAAUAUUAAUUUGCUGAUUAUUAAAGUCCACAAUUUUCCAUUUUCCGAAUUCUUCCCUAACUAAAUUAUCUAAUUUCAGAAGCUCAAGAAUUGCUCAAGAAGUUCGAAGACGAUAAAAAACGGAUUGCUCAGCUUAAACAAUCAAGAAAUUUCAAACCCAUGUAG